UUCCAGAAGACCCGGAUAGCGCCUCCCGGCCACGCUGAACCGGCUCUGGGCUUUCCGGACGCCGGGUUCCCUCAUUUUCUUCUGUUGGGUCAGCUAUGGCGGCCGUGAAGACCCUGAAUCCCAAGGCUGAGGUGGCCCGAGCCCAGGCGGCGUUGGCGGUCAACAUCAGCGCGGCCCGGGGGCUGCAGGACGUGCUGAGGACCAACUUGGGGCCUAAGGGCACCAUGAAGAUGCUUGUUUCUGGUGCUGGAGACAUCAAGCUCACUAAAGAUGGAAAUGUGCUGCUUCAUGAAAUGCAAAUUCAACACCCAACGGCCUCCUUAAUAGCCAAAGUAGCAACAGCCCAGGAUGACAUAACUGGUGAUGGUACCACUUCCAAUGUCCUAAUUAUUGGAGAGCUCCUGAAGCAGGCGGAUCUCUACAUUUCUGAAGGUCUUCAUCCCAGAAUAAUUACAGAAGGAUUUGAAGCUGCAAAGGAAAAGGCACUUCAGUUUUUGGAACAAGUCAAAGUAAGCAAAGAGAUGGACAGGGAAACACUUAUAGAUGUGGCCAGAACAUCUCUACGUACUAAAGUUCAUGCUGAACUUGCUGAUGUCUUAACAGAGGCUGUAGUGGACUCCAUUUUAGCCAUUAAAAAACAAGAUGAACCUAUUGACCUCUUCAUGGUUGAGAUCAUGGAGAUGAAACAUAAAUCUGAAACCGAUACAAGCUUGAUCAGAGGUCUUGUUUUGGACCAUGGGGCACGGCAUCCUGAUAUGAAAAAGAGAGUAGAAGAUGUGUACAUCCUCACAUGCAAUGUGUCAUUAGAAUAUGAAAAAACAGAAGUGAAUUCUGGCUUUUUUUACAAGAGUGCAGAGGAGAGAGAGAAACUAGUGAAAGCUGAAAGAAAAUUCAUUGAAGACAGAGUUAAAAAAAUAAUAGACCUGAAAAAGAAAGUCUGUGGUGAUUCAGAUAAAGGAUUUGUUGUUAUUAAUCAAAAGGGAAUUGACCCCUUUUCCUUAGAUGCUCUUGCAAAAGAAGGCAUAGUAGCUCUGCGCAGAGCUAAAAGGAGAAAUAUGGAAAGGCUGACUCUUGCUUGUGGUGGGGUAGCCCUAAAUUCUCUUGAUGACCUAAAUCCUGACUGUUUGGGACAUGCAGGACUUGUCUAUGAAUAUACAUUGGGAGAAGAGAAGUUCACCUUUAUUGAGAACUGUAACAAUCCUCGCUCGGUCACAUUAUUGAUCAAAGGACCAAAUAAGCACACACUCACUCAAAUCAAAGAUGCAAUAAGAGAUGGCUUGAGGGCUGUUAAAAAUGCUAUUGAUGAUGGCUGUGUAGUUCCAGGUGCUGGUGCAGUGGAAGUGGCAAUGGCAGAAGCCCUGAUGAAAUAUAAGCCCAGUGUAAAGGGCAGGGCCCAGCUUGGAGUUCAAGCAUUUGCUGAUGCAUUGCUCAUUAUUCCCAAGGUUCUUGCUCAGAACUCUGGUUUUGACCUUCAGGAAACACUAGUUAAAGUUAAAGCAGAGCAUUCAGAAUCAGGUCAACUUGUGGGUGUAGACUUGAACACAGGUGAGCCAAUGGUAGCAGCAGAAGUAGGCGUAUGGGAUAACUAUUGUGUAAAGAAACAGCUGCUUCAUUCCUGCACUGUGAUUGCCACCAACAUUCUCCUGGUUGAUGAGAUCAUGAGAGCUGGAAUGUCUUCUCUCAAAGGUUGAAUUGAAGCUUCCCUUGUAUCAUCUGAAUCAUGAAGAUUCUACAGAGUGAUCCUAAGAAUAUAGCUAUGGAAUUUUUGUCCGAGCUUCAAAUGAUUUUCAAAGGAUUUUCUUUUCCCAUAUAAAAAAAGGAGAGAACACUGGCAUCUGUUCAGAUUCUGAAGUUCUGAAAUUAAAAUUACAAUAUUUUUUAAAUUGCACUGUAGUGUACACAUACAGGCCAUACUUACGAAUAAACAGGAUGUUUUGCUUUAGCGUCAGUGAUAAAAAUACAUGUUAGAUAAGUGUAUAUUAUCUACUGUAUUAAAUAUUCCUUGAAAAACAUUUUAAUGGUUUAAUAAUUCUUCUAAUGUAUUUUAUCUCCAAUAGUUCCCCAUCAUUAAGCAUUUAAGUUUUCAAUUUUUAUGCUAGUUAU